AUGUCAUCAUAUACUAAUCAUUCAAGUGUUAUAGACAAGGUCAAUAGUAGAAUUCAAAAUCAAAUAUUUUUGGAUAUGGAGAUUAACAACACUGCAGCAGUUUCAACAACUGAGACAUUAUUUGCCAAUGUACCAUUAGCACCAGUCGACCCAAUUCUAGGUGUAUCGAUGGCCUACAAGGCUGAUCCAUCACCCAACAAGGUUGAUAUCUCUGUUGGAGCAUAUCGUGAUGAAAACGCAAAGCCAUACGUACUCAAGUGUGUGCGUGAGGCUGAGGAGCGUUUGUUGGGUGCCACCAAGGAGUACUUGCCCAUCGACGGUAUCCCAGAGUUUAACAAGGUGUCUGCCAAGCUCUUGUACGGCGAGGACAUUGUCAAGCGUGAGAAGCAAAUGGUCACAGUGCAAGCAUUGUCUGGCACAGGUGCCCUCCGUAUCGGUGUCAUCUUUAUCCGCAAAUACUUGCCCGCCGGCACAACCGUCUACAUCUCGCGUCCAUCCUGGGCCAACCACCACAACAUUUGCAAAGAGUCGGGCGUGCCAUCGGCCGAAUACACCUACUAUGACAACAAAAAGAACGGACUCGACUUUGACGGUAUGAUCCGUGACAUGCGUGCCGCUCCAUCUGGCUCGGUCUUUGUCUUGCAUCUCUGCGCACACAACCCAACCGGUUGCGACCCAACCGUCGAGCAAUGGAACACCAUCGCCGACGUCAUGGCCGAGAAGAAGCACAUCCCAUUCAUGGACUGCGCCUACCAAGGAUACGCCUCGGGCGACCUUGACAAAGACGCCUACUCGGCCCGUCUCUUUUUCAACCGUGGCUUUGAGAUGUUCUCUGCCCAAUCAUUCUCCAAGAACUUUGGUUUGUACGGCGAGCGUGCUGGUGCCCUCACCAUCAUCACCAAGAGUGAGGCUGUCAUCCCCAAGAUGCUCUCGCAACUCAAGAUGGAUAUCCGUGCCAUGUACUCCUCACCACCAACCCACGGUGCCCGUAUCGUCGCCACCGUCCUCCAAGACCCAAAGCUCACCACCCUCUGGGUCGACGAGCUCAAGCUCAUGUCUGGCCGUAUCAUGCGUGUCCGUCAAGAACUCUACGACGCCCUCGUUGCCCGCAAGGUGCCAGGUGACUGGAGACACAUUGUCCAACAAAUCGGUAUGUUUACCUACACUGGUUUGUCAACCGCUCAAGUCGAAUUCAUUGUAAAGAAAUACCAUAUCUAUCUAUUGGCCAGUGGAAGAGUCUCUGUUGCCGGUCUAAAUAGUAAAUCUGUACCAUAUUUUGCUGAUGCCAUUGCUGAUGCUGUUGCAACUAUUCCAAAAAAUUAA